GAGUCUGUAGCAAUUGAUCUUCUAAGCAAAACUAUAAGGAAUAACAAACAAUGGAAAUACAAAUAAAAUUGAAUACAAUACGGAGUUAAUUUUUAUCAAUUUGAUUUAGUUGAUUAAGCUUCUUAUAAAAAUACCUUAUCUCACAUCUGUUUCAGUUGGCUUGUGUCACAUGAAGAUAGUUCAGGUUAAAAUAUUUGGGGUCAUGGGGAUGACAUUGAAGUUCUUAGAUAAAAUCCCCUUGCCACCACCUGCGGUCCCAGUCGGCUGGCGACCAUGCAGAGCAGACCCCCUGGCAGUAGUGGAAGCUGAAUUCAACAUUCUACAUUCAACCCAACAAAAAAGAAAAGAAAAAAAAACAACUACACUGAAAGCUGACAGAAUGGCUUGGCUCAUUUGCACUUGUCUCUUCUCUGCAUUCAUGAUGAUUCUUUAUUUCCUGAAGAGGAGAGUUGUUGCAUUUCGACUUGGAAAAAAGAGCCCUCCAGCUCUGCCCUCCCUCCCCAUCAUUGGGAGCCUCCUCAGCUUGAAGAGCGAUCGACCACCCCACAUUUUCUUCCAGGAGCUGCAGAAAAAGUAUGGUGAUACUUAUUCUCUCAAGCUGGGGUCACACAACAUCAUCAUAGUCAACAGUCACCAACAUGCCAAAGAGGUGCUCAUAAAGAAAGGAAAAACAUUUGCUGGGAGACCACGGACUGUCACCACAGACAUCUUGACGCGCGGUGGAAAAGACAUAGCCUUUGCAGACUACAGUCCCACUUGGAAGUUCCAUCGCAAGAUAGUGCAUGGGUCUCUCGGCAUGUUUGGAGAGGGGACUGCUUCAAUUGAGAAAAUCAUCUGCAGAGAGGCUGAUGCCAUGUGUAAGACCCUGGGAGAGAUGCAGAGCUUGGCGGUAGACUUGGCUCCAGAGCUGACCCGUGCCGUCACUAACGUGGUCUGUUCCCUGUGCUUCAGCUCCUCUUAUAAGCGGGGAGACCAAGAAUUUGAGGCCAUGCUUGACUACAGUCAGGGAAUAGUGGACACGGUCGCCAAGGACAGCCUGGUGGAUAUAUUUCCAUGGCUACAGAUUUUCCCAAACAAAGAUCUGAACAUUCUUAGGGACUGUGUGUCCAUCAGAGACAGGCUGCUUCAGAAGAAAUAUGAAGAACAUAAGACGAACUACAGUGAUAACGUCCAGGGGGACUUGCUAGACGCCUUACUGCGGGCCAAACGCAGCUCAGAGAACAACAACACAACCACCCAGGAUGUGGGCCUGACUGACGAUCAUCUCCUCAUGACCGUUGGCGAUAUUUUUGGGGCAGGGGUGGAGACAACCACUACUGUUCUGAAAUGGUCAAUCGCAUAUCUAAUCCAUCAUCCACAGGUGCAGGCCAAGAUCCAGGCAGAACUAGACAGAAAGAUUGGAAAGGAACGGCACCCUCAGCUCAGCGACCGGGGAAACCUUCCGUACCUGGAGGCCACCAUCAGAGAGGUGCUCCGCAUUCGGCCUGUCUCACCGCUUCUCAUUCCCCACGUGGCUAUGGCAGAUGCCAGUAUUGGAGACUUCACUGUUAAAAGAGGGGCUCGAGUCAUUGUCAACCUCUGGUCUCUGCAUCACGACCAAAAUGAGUGGAAAAACCCUGAACUCUUUGACCCUGGCCGGUUCCUGGACAAGGAGGGCGCGGGCCUCUGCUCCCCGUCAGCCAGCUACCUGCCGUUCGGCGCAGGGGUGCGGGUGUGCCUGGGGGAAGCCCUCGCCAAGAUGGAGCUUUUCCUCUUCCUGUCCUGGAUCCUGCAACGCUUCACUCUGGAGGUGCCCGUGGGCCACCCACUGCCCUCGCUGGAGGGGAAGUUCGGGGUGGUCCUCCAGCCACAGAAAUACAAGGUCCUCGCCCGCCUUAGGGAAGGCUGGGAGAAGGGCCAGGCCUUCUCGCCAGAGGAGUAGAAGUGCUGUCCAGGAGUAGACGGGAUGACACUUAAUGGAGAAGGUGUGUGAAAACUAGUAGUCUUUCGAGAAGCUUAUGUGUGUAUUUUUAUUUUAUCUCCUUUUAUUUUCUUAUUUUUUGUUAAAUCAUUUGUAUUUGUCUUUUUAUUAUUAAUAUGUUAUAUGUGUGUCAUGCUGGUACAUGCUUGUACCUCAACUGUCUAAAUGUUAACAGUGUGUUAAAAAUCAAUAGAUAUUUGAAAAAAAAAAGGGCUGUCCAGAUGAAGAUGGCCAUUCUGUUCUCUUCGAGCAUGUUCUUCUUUAAAUAUUGUAGUCUCAUUCUGUGCUGAACACGUUUGUCAUGCUUUGUGGUGAUGUGUGUAUGUUGCAGACACUAGUGUGUUACGUUCAUAAGGAAUAUUAUAAAUCACAUUAAAAACAAA